GAUGGGAGCAGCCGCCCGUUUCCACACACAAGUGCAUUUCCAGCACAGAUGGUGUCAGACUCCAAGGAGGGAAAACGGCCUGCUGAUAGCAGAGGAAUUUCUGAAAGCCCCCAAAUGCAGCGAAAUUCCUGGGGUUUCCAGGCAGAAAAGGAAAGUGGAAGUAGAAAUGCAUGCASAUGAAGUGGAACUUGACUACAUGCUGGGCAUGACUCUGAACAGCGAUUUUAAUUCUAAAAAUCUCUCUGUGUUAUCAUGAUACCCUGUGGGGCAGCCCAGGUCACUGGGCAGCUGGUUAGGAAAGCGACUUUGGUAACUGAGAGGUUUAACCUGCAUCUUGUUUUGUGCAGAGGAGAGAAGUGUCCCUCUUCCAGCAUGAUCCAUGUGGCUGCAGGACCUUAGGUUUGGGUGUUUCUUCAUAGCUGAACAAGGACAAGCCCUUGUAAUCCUGAGGCUCCAUUAAACUCAACUGAGAGUCACCUGGUUGCGGCAGAAGGAGCCUCACAGCCUCUCCAUCCACCCCAGGAUGCUCCCUUGUGUACCGACAAAACACUGACAAAAGYACCUGGGUGUUUAUUUUUGAGUGAUGCUGCAGUCCUUGGCCUGCAAUGAAUAAGCGUGAUGGAAGGAGCUGUCGGAGAGUACCGGGCGUAUCUGGAUGGAUUUUGCCCUCUGCGAGGUGCCCUCUGUUAUGCUGAGCUGGGAACGUGCAUUAAGAAAUCUGGUGGUCACUACACCUACAUCCUGGAGGCCUUUGGUCCGUUGCCUGCUUUUGUGAGAGUCUGGGUGGAGUUGCUCAUCAUUCGCCCUGCUGCCACAGCAGUGAUAUCGUUGGCAUUUGGACGCUAUAUUUUGGAGCCUUUCUUUAUGCARUGUGAGAUCCCAGAGCUUGCAAUUAAGCUUAUUACAGCCGUUGGUAUCUCGACGGUGAUGGUCCUGAAUAGCACAAGUGUGAGCUGGAGUGCCCGCAUUCAGAUUUUCCUUACCUUUUGCAAGCUUGUAGCAAUUCUGAUAAUUAUAGUCCCUGGAGUUAUCCAGCUAAUUAAAGGAGAAACACAGCACUUUAAAAACGCCUUUGCGGGGAACGAUGCCAGUGUUAUGGGAUUGCCACUUGCUUUCUAUUCAGGAAUGUAUGCUUACUCAGGCUGGUUUUACCUCAAUUUUGUUACAGAAGAAGUGGAAAACCCUGAAAAAAACAUACCCCUCGCAAUCUGCAUUUCAAUGAUUAUCGUCACGGUGGGCUACGUGUUAACAAACGUGGCUUAUUUCACUACAAUCAGUGCCGGGGAACUGCUGCUUUCAAAAGCUGUAGCCGUGACAUUUGCUGAGCGUUUAAUGGGAAACUUUUCUYUAGCUGUUCCAGUAUUUGUUGCUCUCUCCUGUUUUGGCUCUAUGAAUGGUGGCGUUUUUGCUGUCUCUAGGAUGUUCUUCGUUGCCUCCCGCGAGGGUCACCUUCCGGAAAUCCUCUCCAUGAUUCACGUCCGCAAGCACACUCCUCUGCCAGCUGUCAUCGUUCUGUACCCUCUCACAAUGAUCAUGCUAUUCAACGGGGAUCUCUACAGCCUCCUGAAUUUCCUCAGUUUUGCCAGGUGGCUUUUUAUUGGACUAGCGGUUGCUGGGUUGAUUUAUCUCAGAUAUAAACGUCCUGAUAUGCCUCGUCCUUUCAAGGUACCUCUAUUUAUCCCGGCACUAUUUUCUUUCACCUGUCUCUUCAUGGUUGCACUGUCACUUUACUCUGAUCCCGUCAAUACGGGGAUUGGAUUUGCCAUAACCCUGACUGGAGUCCCUGCCUACUACCUCUUCAUCAUAUGGGACAAGAAGCCAAAGUGGUUCCGGAAGCUCUUGGAGAGAGUGACUGUAAUCCUGCAAAUCCUCUUGGAAGUCGUCCCACCAGAGGARGACCAGAAAUCAUGAUCCUCAUGUACCUGAAAAUGCAGCUUUUGACUUGGUGUUUCAUCUCAACCUGAGGAGGAGGGUAGGGAGUUUUCUUCCCAUCCUGAUAUUCUGCAAACUGGAGGAACAAGUCACAGCUGAGAUGGAUACUGAAUGACUCAGUUACCAGAGCUGUAGUUUAUCAUGUUGCAAAGCUUCUUAAUGUGGUGGGUUUCUAUGUAGAAAGCAAGAACAGAAGCAGCAAGAGAACACCUCUCUSUACUAUUCCUUCUACUACACUGUCAUAUUUAACAAACGGUAGUUUAAGCCAUGUUUAAGUAAUAGGUGGGUAUCCUGUGAAGACUGUAUCCUGCUCGCUGUCCCUGAGGAACUGACCUCUCACCAGAGGAAGGGGGAGCCAAAGCUGCUGAGUUGCAGCCGUUCCCCCAACUUGCAGCCACAUUUCACUUCUUGGGUCUCYCUGGGAGCACCAGCACAUGGAUGUGGAAACGCAGUGGUUCCCACCACCUUUGCAGUGGCGAGUCCAAGGUUAUUUUGCUCCAGAGUUGUUAGAGCACAGCUUAUAGGAGUAUCUUCGAGAGCGAAUAUUGCUGCCAGUGGGCAGGUAGCUUCUAGCCCUGGGGCAGUAGUUUCAUACCUUGUAAAGUUUCUACCGCUCUGAAAACUGUUACUGUUUUUACUGAUGUUUCUUUGUGUAUAUAUACAUAGGAAAUACAGCAGUUGCCUUCAAACAAAGCCUUUGAAUGCAACCUCCACAGAUGUAUGAAUAUUUUUCUACCUGGCAACUUACGGACCUGCAGGUAUCAGUCAGGCAAAACGGCUUUUAAAGUUUUAUACAGUUGUUGUUAGGCAGAAAUGAAUAGUAGUCACUGGUUAUAUAAUCAGUGGGAGUUCUGUGCAGACACGACAAUAAAUGCAAUACUAUUUUAUGACUAAGGUGUAGGGCAAGCUGCAACAGGUUUGUUGAUUUGCGUAGAACGUGUGCCUAAUCUGUGGGCUUUUAUUUGAGCACAUUCCAAUUAACUGGGCUUUUGAACACCACGAAAGAGGUGCUCUGCCAGCAUCUUCUUCC